AUUUUAGAACCAAUCCCAACACACAGAUCUCAUUGCAAUUGCAAGUCUAGUCCACAUCCAUAUGUACAACUCUCUCUCUCUCUCACUUUUUCACACACACAGUAUACCCUAUUGAAGAGUUAAUCUUCCCAACACCAUUCCAUACCUUAACCCCAUUUCACAUUCUAUCCCAGCCAUAGGCGCAUUUUAGCAGCAGCCAUGGAUCCCACAUCAAGAAAACCCAAACCCAACCCUUCUUCCACCGCCGCCGCCCACCGCCACCGCCACCCGCACCCCCUCCCAGAUCCCGCCGUGGCCGCCCCACCCUCCACCAUCCAGAGCAUCUCCCACCGCUUCUCCAAGCUCUACACAAACAACAAGAAGCACUUCUCCCCCCACCCCCAACCCGACCCCCCCAAUCUCCACGACACAUCCUGCACCACCCUCACCAAAUCCAGCAGCCUUCACCACGCCAGAAACGGCGCCUUCUUCUCCGCCCAAGACAAAAUCUUUGAGAAGAAACAGCUGGUGGUGAGCUCCAAAUUCAAGGAGGGCGACGAUUUGAAGAAGACCUCUUUCAAGAAAGCCCCCAAAAUGCCAUCUUUCGACGAGAUCGAUGUGGAGAAGGAGAAGCUGAAGAAGGAGGGCGACGAUUUGAAGAAGCCCUCUUUCAAGAAAGACUCCAAGAUGUCGUCUUUCGACGAGAUCGAUGUGGAAAAGGAGAAGCUGAAGGGGUUGCAGCAAGAAGCUGUGAGGGGAAGAAACUCUCUCUCCUCAAUCCCUCCAACCGUCAAUGGCGGAGGGAGAAGGAGAUCCUUCUGCAGCUCGCAAGUUGAGCUCGCUGAUUUCCUCUCCUGCAGCGGCGUCAAGGUUGUGGCCGUCGAUAUGCCGCCGUUCAUGCAGGUUCAUGCUGUCAAUUGUGCAAGAAAGGCGCAUGAUAGCUUGGAAAAAUUCACUUCAAAGACUCUAGCUUUCACACUUAAAAAGGAGUUUGAUGGGGUAUAUGGACCUGCUUGGCACUGCAUAGUAGGGACCAGUUUUGGGUCAUUUGUGACACAUUCAGUGGGUGGAUUUAUGUAUUUCUCCAUGGAUCAGAAGCUAUACAUCCUGCUCUUCAAGACUGCUGUACAAAGAGCUGAAUGAAAAUGAUAUCAAAUCUACACACAUUAAUUAAUUAGCACAACAAACUCCAGCAUUUUUCUGGUGGAUUGUUUUUUCAGCUUAUUGUUAGCAUAGAAGGAAAAAAGAAAGAUGAGAUUUUUGGAAAGAAAUUUGCUGUCUCUCCCCUGUAAUUUUGUACAUUUAUUAAUGUUUCUGAGAAGAGAAUUGGAAGAUGGUAUUCUUUCUGGGAUCAUUGAAUUCACAGCAAAUUUUAUUACUCCA